AUGAUCAAUCCGAAUGAAAUCACAAACAUCAAGUUAAAACACGUGGAAAAACCUUCUGAAAAAAGUGGACUCGAUUACAAAAAGUGUUUUUCAUCAGGUAAAUCGUGGUUUCAGCUUGAAAAGGAAAAACUCUCUCAAUACCGACAAAAUCAAAUUCUUGCUCAGCUGGAUCAAUGGGUUCCUCUGAUUCCCUCGCAAAUGACUUUUGAUACUGAAUUUAUUGAUAUUGAAAAAGAUGUUGCCUUGGUAUUCAUCAAGUAUCAUGAAAAAUUUGAAUUUUUUCAUCAAAAUUCAGGCAAACAUGAAAAGGAUAGAGAACUCCAUUCCGAAAAAGAAUUUGUCAUUCAAUUAAUUGAUUCCAUGAAAAAAGACCUUUCUAUUCAAAAACUACAGCAGAAAAUCGAUGACUGUAGAUUAUGGAAAGGACAAAAGGAGGAAGUAAGAAAUCCUCUUUUUUUCAAAUUAUCUUCAAGAUCUCCAAAAGAUGUGACACGAAUGAAUGACAAGAACGUGGAUGAUUUAUUUGAGAAAGAUUUGAAAGAAUACUUCCCCAUUGAAUCGGACAGGAAUAACAAUUCAAACAGAAUUGUAUCGUUCACCCGAGCUGCUACAAAAUUGUUACAAAUCAGCUCUUCAAAUGACGUGUUAGAAUUAAUGCUGCGUUCAACAAGAGUAUAUCAAGACUUAAUUGAAACUUAUGUUGAUUUUUGGAACGAUUCGUCUCCAACAAAGAACAGGAUUGCUCUUCGCGAAUGGGAUCCUUCCAUCGAUAUUAGAUUUGAAUUUAGAACAUUUGUCGUGAAUUCUAAAUUGAGAGCAUGUAGUCAAUAUAACCAUGUGAUUUAUGUAGAAGAGUUAGAGAAGUAUCAAAAUGAAAUUAGAACGCUCAUACACAAUACGACCGAGUAUUUGCAAGAACAUUACUUUAAGGAUUUUUUCACUACCUACGUGGCAGAUUUUGUCAUUUACCCAAGUUUUUUCGACAGCAUCAAAUUAGGAGUACAUGCAAAGGACUGUUCUGCAUCUUCUGGUGAGUUCAUCAAAUUAAUAGAACUAAAUCCCUACGAAGAAUCAACUGGAACAUGUUUGUUUUCAUGGAAACAAGAUACACACAUCUUACCAAUGCCAAAUUCAGCAUCACUGUCCAGCGAAACGUCAGUCUCAGAAAAUAACACCUUCGAAUAUAGAUUCAUCACCAAAGAAUUCGAAAAGAAAUACUUAUCACAUCAUUUAAAGGAAGUUGUGGCCGACGAAUUCAAGUACAUUUUAAAGGAGACCGUCACAAAUUAUAUUUAA